AAAGUGCAAACGAAAGUGCUUGUGAUGAGCAAAGGCGACUAAAAAGUGUCGAUAAGCCAAUAUUCUGCAGAAAUUAGCCAGAAUCUUCAGGUAUCUACAAAAUAUAAUAAAAAUCACCGUCGCAUGUGAGGGUACUAUGUGGUGGUGCUGUUCUUCUUCCGCUAGUUCAGGACCGAUGGCUGCUAUACGCAAAAAAUUAGUUAUCGUCGGUGACGGUGCCUGUGGUAAAACAUGUCUUCUCAUAGUGUUCAGUAAGGAUCAGUUUCCGGAAGUAUACGUGCCGACAGUGUUUGAGAAUUACGUCGCCGAUAUAGAGGUUGAUGGCAAACAAGUAGAGCUCGCUUUAUGGGAUACGGCUGGACAAGAGGAUUACGACCGGCUACGGCCGCUGUCAUAUCCGGACACCGACGUUAUUCUAAUGUGCUUCUCGGUGGACUCGCCAGACUCGCUCGAGAACAUACCUGAGAAGUGGACUCCUGAGGUGAAACACUUCUGCCCUAAUGUGCCCAUAAUUCUAGUGGGCAACAAAAAAGAUUUGCGCAAUGACCCGGCUACCAUCAGUGAACUACGUAAAAUGAAGCAAGAGCCGGUAAAGCCCCAAGAAGGGCGCGCUAUGGCUGAAAAAAUAAACGCGUUUGCAUAUCUGGAGUGCUCUGCUAAGAGCAAGGAGGGAGUACGCGAGGUAUUUGAAACGGCGACUCGUGCCGCGUUACAGGUCAAGAAGAAGAAGAAGACUAGGUGUUCUCUGCUGUAAUUGUGCUUGUGGCGUAUAAAGAAUAAGCGUAAAUGCCUUAAACAAUUGUAGUCGGGGGAGUUCAGGCCCCGCCUUGGUGGCCCUCAGGAAUUUUGUGCUAUCAAGUUAUAUAAUUGAGUAGCGUCUUUAUCUAUAGGUGUAUUCCUCGACCGGUGUUAUCACCGAGACUUGUUAAGUUCGGUAUUUUGUAUUUUAAUUUUUCAAUAAAAUAGUGAUGUAUAAAUUGUGUAGGAUGUUUAUUUGACUAUGGAGCGUGAGCCCCAUCUAUUAGCCAAGUGCCUGUCAAGUAGACACGGCCUGGGAAGCCUGCGACACCUGGCUUCCCGGAGCUUGAUCACCAGCUCAUGGUUCCGUAGGACAUGAUUUUUUUAAAGUAAUUGUGUGAAAUUUUAACUUUCCAUAUUGCAUGAUUAUAAUUUAUUAGUAAUAAAGGAACCCCAUGUUUUAAUAAUUCUUUA